CUCUCUCUCUCUCUCUAACUCUUAAAACCCCAUAACCAAAGCAAACAAGAAGAGAAACAGAGUAUAGAUUUUGCAGAGAAUUCUCUCCGUUAAGUUAAUUCGUUUUAUUUUUGCUUCUUCUGUUUCCUUCUCUGAAUCAUCUAGAAUGGCGGGAAGUGGAGUGUUUGCAGAGAUUUUAGACAGCGAUGUCUUCAAGUACUACUCUGAUGGAGAGUGGAAGACAUCAUCUUCCGGGAAGUCUGUUUCGAUCAUCAACCCUACCACAAGAAAGACUCAGUACAAGGUUCAAGCUUGUACGCAAGAAGAGGUAAACAAGGUUAUGGAAUCAGCGAAAAGCGCCCAAAAGGCAUGGGCGAAGACACCGUUGUGGAAGAGAGCAGAGCUGCUUCACAAGGCGGCCGCGAUCCUGAAAGAACACAAAGCCCCAAUUGCAGAGUGCCUCGUUAAAGAGAUCGCAAAGCCUGCUAAGGACGCUGUCACUGAGGUCGUGAGGUCCGGAGAUCUAGUGUCAUACUGCGCAGAAGAAGGGGUGAGAAUUCUGGGAGAAGGGAAGUUUCUAGUCUCCGAUAGCUUCCCUGGGAACGAGAGGACCAAAUACUGUCUUUCCUCCAAGAUUCCACUUGGGAUCGUUUUAGCAAUCCCACCUUUCAAUUAUCCUGUCAACCUAGCUGUCUCAAAAAUUGGUCCUGCACUAAUCGCUGGAAACUCCCUUGUGCUUAAGCCUCCGACUCAGGGAGCUGUUGCUGCUCUCCACAUGGUACAUUGCUUUCACUUGGCUGGUUUUCCUAAAGGCCUUAUUAGUUGUGUCACCGGAAAAGGCUCUGAGAUUGGGGAUUUCCUCACAAUGCAUCCUGGGGUUAACUGUAUAAGCUUCACUGGUGGAGACACUGGAAUCGCAAUAUCAAAAAAGGCGGGCAUGAUCCCUCUUCAAAUGGAGCUGGGAGGAAAAGAUGCCUGCAUUGUGCUUGAAGAUGCUGAUUUGGAUUUAGUGGCAGCAAACAUCAUAAAAGGAGGAUUCUCUUACAGUGGUCAAAGAUGCACAGCUGUGAAGGUCAUCUUGGCAAUGGAGUCCAUAGCUGAUGCUCUUGUUGAGAAAGUCAAGGCCAAAGUUGCAAAAUUGACUGUUGGACCACCAGAAGAUGAUUGUGACAUCACCCCAGUAGUGUCAGAAUCAUCAGCAAACUUCAUUGAGGGGUUGGUAAUAGAUGCCAAGAAGAAGGGAGCAACAUUUUGCCAGGAGUACAAGAGGGAAGGAAAUCUUAUCUGGCCCUUGUUGUUGGAUAAUGUUCGACCUGAUAUGAGGAUUGCAUGGGAGGAGCCAUUUGGGCCUGUAUUGCCGGUUAUCAGGAUCAACUCUAUUGAAGAAGGAAUUCACCAUUGCAAUGCCAGCAAUUUUGGCCUCCAGGGCUGUGUCUUCACAAGAGAUAUCAACAAAGCGAUUUUGAUUAGCGAUGCAAUGGAGACAGGAACGGUUCAAAUCAAUUCGGCACCAGCUCGUGGACCAGACCACUUUCCUUUUCAGGGUCUUAGAGACAGUGGAAUUGGUUCUCAAGGAAUCACCAACAGUAUUAACAUGAUGACCAAGAUCAAGAGCACCGUAAUCAACUUACCCACUCCUUCGUACACCAUGGGUUAAUAUGCCUAUUAGGAAAUUAUCAAUUCUAUUGUAGUUAAACUAGUAAAAUCAGUAGAGGACCAUCGCCUCAUUUAUUCUAGUUUACUUGGUUCUCCUUGGGCUACAAACAAUGACGGAAUGCUUUAAACAUGGAUAUUAUGUAAUAUAUACAUGUAAAAUGUCCUCCCAACCUUCUCCUCCAGUAUCGAUCCUUUAUUUUUGGCGGUAUUGUGUAGCCUAAGAUGUUUGUUCUACAGUAU